AAUUGCCAUGAAAAUCAUUUUUAACGCUGAUACUUUCUUUCAAUUUAAGUUUCAGAUAGCCUGUAUUCGAAUUCGAAAAGUACAUUGUUUAUAGUUCGACCAUUUUGAACAUUCAUAGCAUUAUCUAUCUUUAUAGUAUCCCCUUUUUGUUCGUUAUACAAGCUUACUUAUCUGCCAAGUUCCAAAUGGAUAUUAUUUUCUAUUUAGUACUUUCCCUGGCAACUAUCAGGUUUUCUGACGCAGAAAUUGCGCUGGUCGAAUACGAAGAUGCCACGAACUCCAGUGGUAUCGUAAUUGGCAUUACAAUGACAUUCACGCCAGGCACUCUGUACCGAGAUGAGUCAGUGGUCUUUCAGCUGAACAGUGAAGGCUGGUUUUUCGACAAUGGUUACACAGAUGGCCAACCAGGAAAUGGACUGGAACAGGGAAGAGCUUACAGCUACCGACUGGAAGACAGCAUCGGCAGAGAAAUCACCGAGAUCUUUUGCACUCGUCCUGCUCCUCCUUAUGAUCUGAGGACCACUUUGCAGAAUGAAACCACUGCGCUCGUUGUGCACAAAAGGGUUCCUGCAUCCCUUGCGAGUGGCUAUUACAUAGGAUUGCUUGAGAUCGACCAAUAUUUCGACAACUUCGAAGACAGUCCAUUCAGACUUAAUGCAGAAACCACGGUGACUGUCAACGAUAGGUUCACCAACUUUACUUUCGUCAUAACACAAGUCCACAUUUGCCCUAAAACAAAUCCAGUGGAACAAUGGAGUGAAUACGUUAUCUCGAACACGAUACGAACACGCCCCCAUGAUGUCGGCCUGUCCACAACACAGCAAACUACGCAGACUUCAAUCGAAUUGAAUUUGACCACUCAAGAUUCCGGAUAUGGACUUGACUACAUUCUUUACCGUGACGAUGUCGGGGUGAAAACUUUUUCGUACCCUGGCUACUCUGGCUUGGAUGAACCUUGGAGUGACACAGACUUGUCUCCGGGAAUUAAAUACAAGUUCCAGUUGAAAGCUGAAGAUUCGUUCAGUGGAAUAACUGUGGUGUCAGAUUAUGUCACUGCCUGCACUAACCCACCCGACCCGAUCCAAUUGGUAUGCAGCUUGAAUGCUGAAACAAUGAUGACCGAGAUCCAUUGGGAAUUUCCUCAGGGAAAUUACGCAGCCAAUCUUGAAUCUCAAAUCAGCAAGGAUGUCAAUCAGCCGAUCCACAUAGCCGGUGGGACUACAUACAGCUGGCCUGUGUCUCUGGACCCCAGUGCCAGUCACAUAUUUUCAGCUCAGUUUUUCUUCACUUGCCCAAGUGGUGAUGUAUGUGCGAAAUAUAGUAACUGGGUGUCUGUAUCAGUUGAGGCUGCUACUCUUGUCUUGUCCGCCGUACUUCUGAAUCGAUCGACCGUUUCAAUCAAUCUAGACUACUUUCAAAACUACAAAAACGUCAGGCUUUUCGUAGAUGGUAUUAUGAGAGAUCCUCUUCCAUCUGUUUUUCCAUUGAAAAUUAGUGGCUUGGAAGCCAACAGAACCUACGUUUUUGAAGCGCAGGCAACCCAGUUUUCACAAGAGGUCCAGAGCAACUCUGUUUCGGUACAGACUCCAAAUGCAGCGGUGAAUAAAUCGGCGUCAGUGAGAACUGGAAACUCAGAUGAGUCCAACUUGGCCCCAAUUUUUGGCUCUGUCGUGGGAUGCGUGUUGGCACUGAUCAUUUUGGCUGUUCUGGUGGUUGCAAUUAUAUUCCUGUGUCAAAAUAACGAAGGAGGCGCUGGUGGAAGCAAUCAGAAUGCAAAGUCAGUUGACACUGAGUACCAAGAACCCGCUUAUUUUCACCGUACUGGUCUCCAACAAAGCAACUCACCAACUGCACCCAAUUUGUGCAACAACCUGAACUAUGUUACAAACCCCGUCAUCACGAACCACGACAACCCAAAUAUGAACUAUCUUAACGCUGAAAAUAAGAAUCCGGAUCAGGGAUACGAUAACCUCUACCUGCAGAGCCAAGAACAUACUCCUAAUAAUGACGGAUACCAAAAUUAUUUGUGCAACAACCUGAACUAUGUUACAAACCCCGUCAUCACGAACCACGACAACCCAAAUAUGAACUAUCUUAACGCUGACAAUAUGAAUCCGGAUCAGGGAUACGAUAACCUCUACCUGCAGAGCCAACAACAUACUCCUAAUAAUGACGGAUACCAAAAUUAUUUGUGCAACAACCUGAACUAUGUUACAAACCCCGUCAUCACGAACCACGACAACCCAAAUAUGAAAUAUCUUAACGCUGACAAUAUGAAUUCGGAUCAGGGAUACGAUAACCUCUACCUGCAGAGCCAAGAACAUACUCCUAAUAAUGACGGAUACCAAAAAGAGACGCUUCCUUCUCCUGAUGACAACCAAUCUUCGUAUGUGACAUCCCCACCUCUUAUGGUCGAGGACAAUGUCUACUUUGCUGUUCAGUCUAACAACAAUGCGGAUCAACUGAGCAAUCUCCCCCCCGUAGUGACCAAUUGA